AUGAGGACAUCCAUGCUUGGCCGAAAACUGCAUUGGAUCCUCAGAUGCACUGCGGCAUCGAUGCAAACAUCGCGUUCGCAAGUGUCUUCCGCGGCAGCGCCCACUGGGGCCGGUGCGGAAUGCUGGUUUGGAAGGAAGCACUUCGGACGACCUUUGUCGCAAGUGGCUGAAGAGGAUCCAAGUUACUGCCGAUGGCUGCUCCGCAAGGCCAAGGCGGCGGAUGCUCCCAGCAGCUUGCAAGAAAAUGCUGCUUGGCUCCGCUCUCAUGCGCCCGACAUCGGUGCCAAACGUCACGCUGAGACUGCGAAGCAGGGGACGUGCGUGCCUGCCGAGAACGGAGGACAACCGGGGCGAAUGCAAUAUGGAAGAGACCUGUCCGAUCUGGCGCAAGAAGAUCCUGUAUAUUGCCAAUGGAUGCUCCGAGAAGCCAAGGAACCGCAUGCUUCGCCAAAGCUUCGCGAAAAUGCCAACUGGCUUUUGGAGAACGCGCCGCACCUACAGGAGCAAGGCUUGCUGGUCACAGGCGGCAAGCAUCGCGGCAAAAAGAUGUCGGAGCUGCUGGCCGAAGAUUCAUCCUAUUGCCACUGGAUUCUGCGAGAGGCUCAGGAGCCAUCCGCAACUCGUGGGAUGAAAGACAUGGCCGAGUGGCUCACGGAGAAUGCGCCACACCUGCAGGAGGAUGGAGUAUUGGCGGCAGGCGGCCGUCACAAAGGGCGGCUGCUGUCAGAUCUUGUGGUCGACGACCCGACAUACUGUCAAUGGAUUCUCCGCACUGCUCAGGAGGAGCAGUCAAGUGGAGGCCACUUGCGAGCACAAGCUGCGUGGCUCCAAAAGAAUGCCCCGCACCUGAAGGAGGUUCCGGUCGUCAGCUUGAGAAGCGCGCACAAAGGAGUUCCCGUGCCACAAGUCGUUGCGGAGGACCCUCGCUGGUGCAGCUUCGUUCUGAGGCAAGAAGAGGCACGCUCCCGCGGAUUUGCAAUUGCUGCCGAAUGGCUUCGUGAGAAGGCUCCUGAGCUGCUUGAGGCACAGGAUGACGCCGAGAUUGCGCAGAUUGGCCAGAAGUUCUUCAAGCAGUACGGUCAGCAUUUCGUCGUUCGAUCUGGCAAGCAUCGAAUGAAGACUUUUGCAGUAGUCGUCAAGGACGAUCCGAAAUUUGUGGAAUGGGCACUGCAGCAGUCCACCUCCGACGCUGGUUGCAACAAGAACAUCCAAUUCUUUGCCGCAUUCGUGAGCCAGCAGUCCAGCCAGGAGACAGCCGACAGCUUCAAGCGCGAAGCCGUCACUUUCCACAAGAAGGUUCGUCAUGUUCGAGCUCGCAAGACUGCUGAGAGCUCGGCGGCUUGA